CCCCACGGUGUUGAAUUAAAUCAGUUCAACUUUGAACAUUAUCAUAAGUAUUUUGUUCGCCACUUAUUAAAGCUAUAAUAUAUGAGUGUGCGACGCAUCGUUUAUUGUUUAGUUAUUGCAACAUCAAUGUCGGCAGCGAGAGGAAAGUACUGUUAUCCAGUCAAUUUCGUGAACAAGUCCAGCGAACAGUUCUAUAUUUAACUGGUAACUACUUUCAAAAAACAUCACGUUCCUACACGUAAAAUCCUGUUUUAUCCACUUUUAAAGUAUUUUCAGUCAAAACGAAUAUCAUAAUUGUAGUCAGCUCGCGAAACUGCAAGGAAACAUCCAUAUAAAACAACAGAUUUCUGUAGAAAGCUUUUCCGGAACUUUCUUUGUCAGAUUCGUUCCUAGUGGAUGAUUCCCACGGAAAUAUGUCUUUCGAAAAUAAUUAGUCUUUUGAGUAUCUUAACAGCUGAAAAACUAUAGUUAUCAUGGACGAAACAGAAUUACAUGCAAAACAUUCCGAUGUAAACCUGCUACCGCUGUCAGUCGUCUUCUCCACCUUUUAUUAUUCAUUCAGUGUUGCUUAGAGCAUUAGUUUAAAGCUAUUGGUGUUUCUUUUAAGUGAUCCUAGUAUAAUAGAUAUCCAAUACAAAAACAUGAAAUCAAACUUUUAUCAUUCUUCUAAUUUUACUGACGAAGUGAGCAAAAUUACGGUUUAGGUUUCAAGGAAAAGUUUUUGUUCUACUUCGAAGUGUGUGUCUCUGCACCUCUCAUCUUGUUCGUUCGUUCUGUACAAUACAGGAAAAAGCUCCUGGUUGAAGAGAAUUUCCCCUUAUUAACAUUUCUUACUUUGAAUCAGGAGUUUUAUAUUCUGACCCACUAUUCCACGCUGACAAACUCUUUCUUUCUAAGGACUUGGUUGUCUUAUAUUUUUACUGUCUUGUAUCCAGUAUUGUUGUUUUGAAAUAUCUGGUAAACGACAAUCGAAUCGAAUACGUGUACUACUAUAUCAAACCAUAUUAAAUAAAGAUAUUGAAUUUUUCGAUAAAACCAAAACUGGAGAACUACAAACGGAGUUAUUCGAGUAUAUUUUUCAUUAAACACAAAGAAAAGUUUGUGAUUCGCACAUCUGUUUUUUCGCCUCUUAUAGUUAUAUAGAUAAAAUUAAUCAUGGCAUUGGAUUUCAACUGUCAGUGAUAAUAGGAGUUUCAUCUCUGACCCUUGGUGGCUGUAUAUUAGGAUUUAUCAUAAAUGUGAAAUUAACAUUAAUUUUACUGUGCGGUCUACCAUUACUACUAUUAUUGUCAGCUAUCUUUACAAAAUUAACCGCUCACGUGGCAAUAAAUGAGAUGAAUGCAUACUCAAAAUCGGGGGAUGUCGCUCAAGAAGUGUUUACCUCAUUGAGAACUGUUUUAGCGUUUAAUGGUACAAAAUACGAACAACAACGAUAUGAAAAACAUUUGGAUUUGGCAAAACGUCGAAACAUUCAGAAGGGCAUCGUAUUUGGAUUUUAUGUGGCUCUAUUUGAUGUUUUUAUGUGUUUAAUCUAUGCAGCUGGGUUUUAUUUCGGCUCGAGGUUAAUUCACAACGAUAAAACUGAGAAAAUGAAUAUCAGUGAUUUAAUGAUUGUUCUAAGUGCUAUGACGCAAGGUGUCUUUAUGCUCGGUGAACUGGCCACCUGUUUCCAAUCUGUUGCUGAAGCCCUCGGUGCAGCAACGCAAAUCUGGAAUUUUCUGGAUGAAUCAUCAUUGUCAGUAUCCUCGAAAGACGACAACCAAGGCAAAACUAAAGACAUACGUUUGAGAGGUGAUAUUGAAUUUGAUAGUGUUCAAUUUUCAUAUCCAGCACGAAUAGAUGUUAAAGUGUUAGACAAGGUCAGUUUUAAAUUGAAUCAAGGUGAAACAAUUGCAUUGGUCGGACAUAGCGGAUGUGGCCGAACAACAAUUAUUAUUGCACAUCGUCUGUCUACGAUCCGAAAUUGUGAUACAAUUUAUGUAAUGGAUAAUGGACGAAUUAUUCAAGAAGGAAGCCAUCAAAAAUUAAUAGCUGACGAACAAGGAAAAUAUUAUCAUUUAGUUCAAACACAAAAGUUAGAUACAGAUAUAGCUCAUGACCGUCCAGAAGACGAACAAAGAGAAGAAGUUGACACAAUAGACGAAAAAUUAAUGAAUCGGCCAUUAAGUAAAGAAAGUGUUAAUGAAACUGAAAAUAACUUAUAUUUAUCCGAUUAG